CCCUCUCUUUCCGUUAAUUCACUGCUUAUUUGUUGAUUUAGCUACUGUUUUUUUUCAUUUUGAACAACAGGAGGAGAAAGAAGAGGAAGUAUUAGGAUUGAGAUUCAGCGAUUUUUGUGUGUAUGUGAGCGGUGGCAAUGACGAAGAAGGCACAGGCAUCGAUUAAGCCGGGGCUGUCGAUGCGCCACGUGUUGUGUCUCGGAUGGAAGCUGGUGAUCCUACUUUCUGUCGCUCUUUGCGUCUUCGCGUUUCUCAGAAUCCAGCAGUAUUCUCAGUCCACGGCUGCUCUGCCCCGGAAAUCUCGCUCUCUCACCUAUGACUUCAACGGCAAUCCUAAGGUCGCGUUUUUGUUUCUCGUUCGGAGAAAUUUACCCCUUGAUUUCCUUUGGGAGAGCUUUUUCGAGAAUGUUGAUAGGGCAAAAUUCUCAAUAUAUAUACAUUCUGAGCCGGGUUUUGUGUUUGAUGAAUCGACUACAAGAUCGACAGUCUUCUUUGACCGGCAACUGGGAAACAGCAUUAAGGUAGCCUGGGGAGAAGCAAGUAUGAUUCAAGCUGAGAGAAUACUUUUUGAGGAAGCUCUUCAGGAUCCUGCAAAUCAAAGAUUUGUACUUCUAUCAGACAGUUGUGUCCCUUUGUACAACUUCAGCGAUAUUUACAACUAUCUGAUGGGUUCUCCGAGAAGUUUUGUGGACAGCUUUCUUGACAAAAAAGAUGUUCGCUACAAUCCACAGAUGUCACCAGCUAUAUCUAAGCAGAAAUGGCGGAAAGGAUCGCAGUGGGUCACCUUGAUUCGAAGACAUGCAGAAGAAGUUGUUGAUGAUGAAAUUGUUUUUCCCAUCUUCAAGAAGUUCUGUAAGAGACGUCCACCAGUUGAUGCAAGCAAGGGCAGGAAGAAUCUUAAGCUUCAGAAACAGCACAACUGUAUACCAGAUGAACACUACGUGCAGACAUUACUCGCAAUGAAAGAUCUUGAAACUGAACUCGAAAGAAGAACAGUUACCUACACUGUAUGGAACCAAUCCACAACAAACACAGAUAAUGGCGGUUGGCAUCCUUUCACCUUUAGCUACGCAAAUGCAGGAUCAGAACAAAUAAAAAAAAUAAAGGAUAUCGACCACGUAUACUAUGAAACAGAAUACAGGACAGAGUGGUGCAGUAACAAUUCCACAUCUGUUCCCUGUUUUUUAUUCGCAAGGAAAUUUUCUCAAGGAGCUGCAAUGCGCCUUUUGAGUCAAGGAGUAGUCGGUAACUUUGAUGUGUCUGCAUUACUGUAG